AUCAUACACCUUAUAACUCAAUGACCAAAGUUUCAUCAUUUUUCUCUAAUGUGUUUAUGUUUGUUGGUGGAACAUUAGUUAUAGUCUUAGCUUUGUGGUCUUUCAUGAGCCCUAAGUAUCCGAGUUUUUCUACCAUUAAUUUGGACUUCAAUUUAGAUCAAGAAGGAUCAACAAAUUUCUAUGAUGAACCAAAUUUGAGCUACACUAUAGAGAAGCCAAUACAAAAUUGGAACGACAAACGAAGACAAUGGUUCAAUCUUCAUCCUUCAUUUAAGCUUGAAGGCGAAAAAGAGCGCAUUUUAAUUGUUUCGGGUUCGCAAUCCACUCCUUGUAAAAACCCCGUUGGUGAUCAUUUGUUGCUAAGGUUCUUCAAGAACAAGGUAGAUUAUAGUAGAAUACAUGGAUAUGAUAUAUUCUACAAUGAUGUAUUAUUGGAACCAAAAAUGUUCUUCUUUUGGGCAAAAUUGCCAGCUGUUAGAGCAGCAAUGGUAGCUCAUCCAGAAGCAGAAUGGAUUUGGUGGGUGGACUCUGAUGCUGCCUUUACUGACAUGGACUUCAAGUUACCUUUGAAGAAAUACAAAAACCAUAACUUUGUGGUUUAUGGUUGGCCAAAGUUAAUCUAUGAGAACAAAAGUUGGACAGGUAUCAAUGCUGGAGUUUUCUUGAUUAGAAAUUGUCAAUGGUCAAUGGACUUAAUAGAAGCUUGGGCAAAAAUGGGACCACAAUCACCAGAGUACAAUAAAUGGGGUGAAAUCUUAAGAACAACAUUCAAGGACAAAAAAUUUCCACAAUCAGAUGACCAAUCAGGUCUAUCAUAUUUACUAUUAAAAGAAAAAGACAAAUGGGGUGAAAAAAUAUACAUAGAAAGUGAAUAUUAUUUCCAAGGUUAUUGGGUGGAUAUUAUAGAAACACUUGAUAAUAUUACAAACAAAUACUUUGAAAUAGAGAAAAAAAUACCUAUUUUAAGGAGGAGACAUGCUGAGAAGGUAGUAAGUGAGAUUAAGGUUUGGGAAGAGUACUUAAUUAAGGAUAAUUAUUCAAUUAGGAGACCAUUUGUUACACACUUUACUGGUUGUGAACCUUGUAGUGGGGAUUAUAAUCCAAUAUAUUCUUGGGAAACUUGUUAUGAUGCAAUGCAAAAGGCAUUAAAUUUUGCAGAUAAUCAAGUGUUGAGGAAGUAUGGUUUUCUUCAUAACAAUUUACUUGAUUCUUCCACUGUUUUUCCUUUGCCUUUUGACUUUCCAUCCAACAUUUGAAUUAUGGCUAGUUUGAA